CAAGUACGCAUUGACAUUUAGAAAAUAUUGAAUAAGUUAUUCUAUAGGUUCUUAUUAAAGUUAAAUAAUAAAUUAUAAAUAAAUCUACACGUUAAUUACUCGUAUUUAAAUUUAAAUAAUGAAUUCAAUAAUAAGAAGAAGCUUUUACCCAAUUUAUAAUAACACAUACAAGUUAACUUGUCGCUUAUUAGCUGAUGCGAAAAUUAAUGAAAAAAUUGAUAAAAUAGUGAAGGAUAAUAAAGUAGUAGUUUUUAUGAAAGGAGUUCCUGAUGCUCCUCGCUGUGGUUUUAGCAACGCUGUUGUGCAAAUUAUGAGAAUGCACGCCGUACCGUAUGAAAGUCAUGACGUUUUAGCUGAUGAAAAUCUACGACAAGGCAUUAAAGAUUAUUCAAACUGGCCAACAAUUCCUCAAGUAUUUAUUAAUGGAGAAUUUGUUGGUGGUUGUGACAUAAUGCUCCAAAUGCAUCAGUCGGGGGAACUAGUAGAAGAGUUAAAAAAAGUUGGAAUAAAAAGUGCUUUACUGACUGCAGACGAAGCUAAAAAAGAAGAGAACAAGUAGUUUACUCAAAACACUCAAUUAUUAUUACACUGCAAUAUUAAAGGAACAAAUUUAAUUUUAAUAAACCUAUUAUGCAUAACCUCAAUCAUGGCUAUGUGGGUUAUUUAAUAUUUUUUAAAUGUGAAAUAAAAAACUGUUAAGCCUUUA